AUGUAUAACCAUAUGGAACAUCUCCUCAAAUGUUUUAACAAAACAACAGGAUGGAAUGAAGAUAACAUAUAUUCCAACAUUUUGGCGACGUCCAAUGCGCUUCUUGAUUUUCUGAUUCCAAAAGGAGGUAAGUUAGAGAUUUCGUCUCAUGCUACUCCUAACCUGGCAUCUUCGAUGACUCUACUGAAUUAUCAAUCAGUGAAUGGCUCUCUUUCAUACCUCUAUCUGAGUACUAUCCUAAAAUGUGCCAAUGGUACAAAGGACAUUUCCCUUCAGGACGCGAUAGCGGGGUUUCGAAUUAUCGAGCCCUAUGCAGCUACCACCGAAGGGACCGGCGUAACAGAAAGCUUUCAGAAAGCCUCAUUGCUUUACGGGAGAAUGUAUUUCCCCGGAUCAGCACUCGAGGCUAUGGUGAUCAAAAGACUUCUGACUCGAUACCAACUUUUGAUAAAGUGUAUUAAUAACCCACACCUUGUUAGAAAUGGUACGAUGAUUGUUUAUCUUCAAGAGAAUGCACCGAGGUUUUCACGAGAGUAUAUUUACUCGACGAAUGAGGCAUUAAUGGGAUUUCGCUGUCUUUACAAUUUUGGGUCGUCACCAAGAAGCCAGCAAAUGACAGCCUUGCCCAAAUUUGACAAUUCUGUUGUGUCUGUUGGAGCUGAAGUGUGGUAUGCCGCCAUGUCAAUGAGCCCUGGCUUAUCUACUGCAUUUCGAUAUUCCACUCGUUCUACUUCAACAGGAAAACCGCUUACAAUGACUCUUAGCUGUAACCCAAUUUUAGGACAUGUAUCUUCAACAUACAACGUCAAGACAUCAGUUUCCUCUACAGUGUGCUCUAAGUACGAUUUCAAUUGGUUUUCAUAUGCGAGCAACCUAUCCUUGGGCUUUGAACUAUUCAAUUUUUCAAAGAUACCUUCGCAGCUGUCGAGUAAUCAAUUCUUUGAAGGGUCAUCUAUACACCAUGAAAUGUUGGCACCUUCCUCUUUGUUUGGGAACAGCCCGAUAAGAUCAGAGAUUUUGAAUCCAACUUCACCUACAAACAAGCGGUUUAUUAAUCCAAUAGAACAUUCAAACGACCAUUUUCUCAUAAGUUCGAACAUCCUCGAGCAUGUGAGUCGAACAGAUCCAGCUGGUCAAGAAGUCAUGUCAGCUUUUCAAAAGCUAGUGAAGAAGAGUAAUUUUUCAAGUGUGAUCAAGGGCUCUACCAGUAUUAGCGAGCGAUUGUUGAAAUUACUUUGGGUAGGCCGCUACAAAGAAUUUUUGGUGAGUGCGGGUGUAAAAAUCCGUCUUAAUUCAAAGACACAUUCACCAGAGUUUGAGAAAUUUGGAAUUACCUUCACUUAUGCUUGCUGA